AAGACGACGAAAUGGAGGACAAACACUUCGUACUUUCACCCAUCAAAAGAACCCGGUCUGAUACCCGGGUGUAUCAAUCUUUCGCCUUGCUGGUUUCAACAGGGGCACGAGAAUCCGUUGGAUGGGUUUAUUCCGGAAGUCUCUGCCGCCUUGAAGGGCGAUAGCGGCCUGUCAUCGAUUAUAGAUAUGCAGCGUCCGGCUCUCUUGUCAUCGGCUGCCCUUCGGGUCAUGCACCCACAACUUUACCGGGCAUCAAUGUCCACUCACGUGGCGCUUGGGCAGUGGGCCGCAGCGCAUGGUGAAGAUCAGAUGUACCGCUGUCUCCAGCAUUGGGCGUCAGCAUAUUCCGGCGCUUCAAUUGUUUGUAACAGGCAAUCCCCCGGUCAUCGUGAUCCCAAAUGUCCUCCGGAAGGAUUUGACAUUCUCACUUGCAUAGGAAGCUAUAAACAUGCGGUGAUGAAUUUGACAAACUUAGGCAUCGAUUUGUUAUACAAUCCGGGAGUCAUGGUAAGUUAUUCUGGCCGGCUUGUGAGGCACGGUGUCCGGGUGGGAGAUGGUGACAGAAUUGUGUGGGCAUGGUUUAUGCGGGACAGUGUGCACAACUAUGCCGGAACCCCA